AUGAGUGUUCUUUUUUUUUGGUUAACAGCACACUUCACUUCUUCACUCAACUUUGCUAGCAGAGGGCGGGGGAAUUUCACAUGUAGUACAGUCAUACUCUUCUACAUGGAGCGAACAGAAGAGUUGAACACAACCCCGGCGGACGAACGGAUGACGCGCAGCCAGACGAGGCCCGCCGCGAUGCCACCAACGUCCACCUCGCCGUCGCCGGGGGACCUAGUGGCGCUCUCCGCCCGGUGCUCCACGAAGCGCGACCUCCGCCUCAUCCACGGCGCCCUCCUGCGCCGCCGCCACCUCCUCCCCGCCGCGGACGCCGUCGCGGCGCUCGCCAAGCUCCUCCGGUUCGCCGCCGUCUCCCCCGCCGGCGACCUCCGCCAAGCAGCCGUGAUCCUCUCCACCCACCUCCCGUUCAUUACCUCGGCCUCCACCCACCCCGCCUUCUUCUAUAACACCCUCAUGCGCGGCCUCGCCGCCUCCUCCUCGCCCGCCGACGCCAUCGGGCUCUUCGCCGCGAUGCGCCGCGCGGGCGCCGCGCCCGACGCCUUCACCUUCACCUUCGUCCUCAAGUCCUGCUCCCGCUGCCCCUCGGGCCGGCGCUUACCUUCCGACCUCCACGCCCAGGCGAUCAGGCACGGCUGCCUCGGCGAGCUCGCCGCGCACACGCACGUGCACAAUGCGCUGCUUCACGCCUACGCGUGCCGGGCGGCCGUCGACGAUGCGUGCAGGGUGUUUGAAGAAAUUCCGGCUCGGGACGUGAUCUCCUUCUCGGGGCUGCUCACUGCGCAUCUCAAAGCCAAUGAUCUGGACGCUGCCCGCCUCGUGUUCGACAAGAUGCCUCACCGGGAUGUCGUUUCUUGGACUGCGAUGAUUUCAGCAUAUGCCAAGGCUUGCCGGCCGCAGGAGGCCUUGGCAUUGUUUGAUGCCAUGCCAAUGCAGCCAGACGAGGUGACCAUGGUGAGUAUUGUGUCGGCGUGCACCACACUCGGGGAUCUUGCAACUGGGGAGCGUGUGCGGAGGCACAUUGAUUCCCUUGGUUUUGGAUGGAUGAUGUCACUUCGCAAUGCACUCAUGGACAUGUAUGCUAAGUGUGGUUCCCUCCCUGAAGCUCGAGCUUUGUUUGAUGGGAUGACGGUGAGGAGCUUGGCAUCUUGGAAUACGCUGAUCUCGGCAUAUGCAUCACAUGGCGAUCUGGAUAACACGAUUGCUGUGUUCUAUCAGAUGCUGGCAGAAGGAAACACUGUGAAGCCGGAUGGGGUCACGUUUCUCGCAGUGCUUAUGGCGUACGCAUACAAUGGCUGUGUUGAGGAGGGGCGAGCCAUGUUCAAUGCGAUGCAACAAGGCGGCUAUGGCAAAGUGGAACUAACAGUCGAGCACUACGGGUGUGUGGUGGACAUGCUUGGCCGGGCAGGGAAACUCGAGGAGGCAUACCAAAUGAUUGAGCAAAUGCCAAUUCCAAGCAAUGCUGUGAUCUGGGGUGCGCUACUUGGUGCUUGUCGGACUCAUGGGGAUAUUGACAUGGCAGAGCGGGCUGUGCAGGAACUAAGGAACCUAAAACCAGAGGAGGGUGGGUACUACAUUUUGCUCAGUGAUAUGUACACUUCUGCUGGUCGGAUAGCAGAGGCCACAGAGAUUAGACGUGCCAUGAAUGAGAGGGGGGUCCAGAAGACUACAGGCCGGAGCACUGCCUUUCUGCCUCAGCUUUAG